AGAUGUUGAACGGGUGCUGGGGGGAGACUGUCUCAGAGCACGAGAGGAACUAAAACAAGCCAGUCAGAUCUUCUAAGAAAGGAUGGCUGUUAUUGAUGCAGUGCUGGAUCGUCUGCUAGAUGGACUCCUGGGUCUGGGUCGUCUCCUGUCUCCUCUCUGCUCCCUCUUUGUUCUCCUCCAGCUCUCGGCUCUGGUUGUCCUCCUCCUCCUGUCCCUCCGUGUCGUCUGUCUGCUGUGGAGCCAUGCUCAGUUCACCAGACGUCUCCGGUGCUUCAGUAAGCCCCCCACACAAAACUGGCUAAUGGGACACCUAGGAGAGAUGCGGAGCACGGAGGAGGGCCUGCAGGCGGUAGAUCAGCUGGUAAGAACCUACAGCCACUCCUGCUCCUGGUUUCUGGGCCCCUUCUACUCCCUGGUACGACUCUUCCACCCUGACUACAUCAAGCCUCUGCUGCUGGCACCAGCUUCCAUCACAGUCAAAGAUGAGCUGUUCUAUGGGUUCCUGAGACCAUGGCUGGGACAGAGUCUUCUCCUGAGUAACGGAGAGGACUGGUCUCGUCGUAGACGUCUACUCACUCCUGCAUUCCACUUCGACAUCCUCAAGAACUAUGUGAAGAUCUUCAACCACUCCUCCGACGUCAUGCAUUCUAAGUGGCGCCGCCUGGUGGCCGAGGGAGAGAGCCACCAGGACAUGUUCAGUCACAUCAGCCUGAUGACUCUGGACAGUCUGCUCAGAUGUACCUUCAGCUACAACAGCAACUGCCAGGAGAGCUCCAGUGAGUACAUAGCAGCCAUUUUUGAGCUGAGCACCUUGGUGAUCGAGCGGAGAGGACGUAUCCUGCACCACUGGGACUGGCUGUACUGGAAGUCCCCAGAGGGACAGCGCUUCAAACAGGCCUGCAGUGUAGUACACAGGUUCACCAGGACUGUUGUCCAGGAGCGCAGAGCACAGCUUCUCCACCAGGGGGAGCCAGAGAGCCACACUGACAACACAGGAGGGGAGGAGAAGAGGAAAAGAGUAGCAGACUUCAUUGAUUUGUUACUGCUGUCAAAGGAUGAGGAAGGCCAUGGUCUCACAGAUGAGGAGAUAAAAGCAGAGGCAGACACUUUCAUGUUUGGAGGUCAUGACACCACGGCCAGCGGGAUCAGCUGGGUUCUGUAUAACCUGUCUCAGCAUCAGGACUACCAGGACCGCUGUAGAGCCGAGGUCAACGACCUGCUACAAGACCGAAAGACAGAGGACUUAAACUGGGAGGACCUGAGCAGCCUCCCCUUCACCACCAUGUGUAUCAAAGAGUCUCUGAGACUGCACUCCCCCGUGUCUGCUGUCACCAGACGAUACACUAAGGACAUCACGGUGCCAGGUGGACGGGUCAUACCACAGGGUAGCAUCUGUCUGGUGAGCAUCUAUGGGACCCAUCACAACCCUGAGAUCUGGCCUGACCCAGACGUCUACAACCCCAUGCGCUUUGACCCUGAGAACUCAAAGGACCGUUCAUCCCAUGCCUUCAUACCCUUCUCUUCAGGACCUAGGAACUGUAUAGGUCAGAAGUUUGCCAUGGCAGAGCUGCGUGUGGUGGUGGCGCUGACCUUGAGGAGGUUCCGUUUGACCCCUGGGGGGGUGGAGGUGAGGAGGCUACCCCAGCUGGUGCUCAGGGCCGAGGGGGGGCUGUGGCUGACGCUGGAGACCCUAGACACCCCCCAGGACUAACCCCUGACCUCCAUCUCUUACCUCUAUGGAUCAGUCAUAGAGAAACUGCUUUCAUGAUUUUACUGUAUAAACAUACACUGAGUAUACGAAACGUUAAGAACACCUUAACACAGUAAAAUCAUAGGCCUAAAGCCGACAAAUAAAAACAGUCAAAUCAUAGGCCUAAAGCCGACAAAUAAAAACAGUCAAAUUAUAGGCCUAAAGCCGACAAAUAAAAACAGUCAAAUUAUAGGCCUAAAGCCGACAAAUAAAAACAGUCAAAUUAUAGGCCUAAAGCCGACAAAUAAAAACAGUCAAAUCAUAGGCCUAAAGCCGACAAAUAAAAACAGUCAAAUCAUAGGCCUAAAGCCGACAAAUAAAAACAGUCAAAUCAUAGUUCUAAAGCGACAAAAUAAAAGACAAAUAAAAACAGUAAAACAUCCUGAUGAAAGUGCAGGUUCUCAUGAAUCUCUCUACUCAGCCUCUCUCUCUGUCUUGACUUGAGCUAUGACUCAACGUUGUCAGGACAGAGAAACCACAUACAUGCUCUUUGUUCUCUCAGUUGGAUAGAAAAUAAACCGGUACUUGUUGUUUCUCACAAGUGUAUCAGGUUGUGAACUCUGCAAAUAACGUUUCCACUCCGGGAAGGAGAACGGUAAAUGACUGUAAUACAUGCAUUAAUAUGAAUGUAACCACAUGACGGGAUGAACGGUACAUCUACUAUGCCUACUGGCUACAUAUAUAAUGGAGAAUUGAACAAAACAAACAAUCGAAGAGCACACAAUUCACAACAAUGAAAGUGCAAGAAUUGCCAGGAGACAACAGAGGGGACAUUCUGGAGGGCUGAGAGCAUGCAUUCUGGAGAGCUGAGAGCAGAGGGAACAUUCUGGAGAGCUGAGAGCAUGCAUUCUGGAGAGCUGAGAGCAGAGGGGACAUUCUGGAGAGCUGAGAGCAUGCAUUCUGGAGAGCUGAGAGCAGAGGGGACAUUCUGGAGAGCUGAGAGCAUGCAUUCUGGAGAGAGACGCCCAUAUCUUCGCCACACAUCCCUCCCCUUCUUCUUGUUGCAUCAUUUUAAAUUAGUCUCAAAGACACAUUCGCUUCACACCUUUGAGAUGUUUUUCACUGGCAGCCACAACUCAAUAAUCAGCUAGGCCUAUUGCCAUAGGCUACCUGCCGCUUAUGAUGCUCUGUGGCUAAGUUAAGCUCUCUGGUAAAGUAUUUUGAAUUAUUUUAUUUAGACAGGAGUAAUUCUAUAAUGUUGGUAAAACAUCAACUACUUUAGGGGAAGCCAGCAUCUGAACAGUGCACCGUGCACCCGCUAACUUUCCUUUCUAAUUCGCAAGUGGCUGAAACCAGAGAUAAAUACAGUAUAUAUAAUGACGAGAUGCUGAUGUCUCCGCCCUAACAAUGUGAGUCGUCCCAAAGGCGGGAUUGUAGGCUACAAGCUUAGGUCUGCAUAUCAUACCCAUAGAAACGCAUUGGGUUAAUUUAGGAUAUAUUUUGGCGAGAGGGAGCCCUCUCGCUUCCCCUAAUCCUCUGUGCUGAAACUAGAGAGAGAAACAGCGCCCCUCUGUUUCCUGAGGUGUAGACCAUGUAUCUGAUGCUAUCUGGCAGGAAAAAGUACUACAUGCCAUACUCCUUUUGUCCAGACAGCAUCAUUUACAGAGACAGAGGGACGCUUUUUCGCUCGCUCGAAUGCUUUAUCUGAGAUUGAUGCCUCUUAUUGUCGGCGCGCGUCUUGGUCAAAUAAAUGUUCAAUAUUUAUAUAUUUUAUUUGGACGGGCAAGGAGGUAGGUAGGGCGGGCCAGCCCCCCUAGUUCCCGCCCAUAACGCCUACCGCCCAUAACGUUCCAGGCGCACCGGUUUGUGUCAAGAAGUGCAACUCUGCUGGGUUUUUCAGGCUCAACAGUUUCCCGUGUGUAUCAACAAUGGCCCAUCACCCAAAGGACAUCCAACCAACUUGAGAACAACUGGGAGAAGCAUAGGGUGGUACUGUAGGUAGCCUAGCGCUUAAGAGCAUUGGGCCAGUAACUGAAAGGUCACUGGUUUGAAUCCCCGAGCUGACUAGGGGAUAAAUCUGUCGAUGUGCCCUUGAUCAAGGCACUUAUCUCA